AACGCGGUGGCAAUGGACGGUGCUGCAACAGAGAGAUGCUGUUGACAAAAACAAAAAAAAAAAAAAGUAUUUUAAAACUAAAAAUAAACUAUUUACGCAUGCAAAUGAAGCUGUAAUAUCCGUCCAUUGGAGAGAUCUAAUUUUUGGCCUGUGACUUAAGGAGGCAGUGAAAAUUUAAGAUUAAAAUUAAAGCGAUCACAAUUGCUUUGAGGUCAAUGAGAAAAGUGUAAAGUGUUUUAGAGUUAAGAAAUUUUUCAGUAUCAUCAUGAUAAAAAUAUGCAGAAUACACAUGUGCAUACAUACAUACACAAUAAACAAUAUCGGAGUAUCAUCAAUAUUUCAAUUAACAAAGAAAUAUUAAGUCUGUUUGGUGAGCUGAUGGGCAUUAACAAUUGUUGCUGAAGCGCAUUCAGUGAGGCAAAGAGCCAAUAGAAUUUACCAUUAUCUAAACAUAUGAAGGUCCAAAAAUUCAGUUAAUCGGCAAGACGGCAAAGCUAUCGGUAAAAAGUUAAGCGUCAAUAAUGAUUAAAAUAAUCUUCAUUACUCGAGCAUAGUGAACGCCACAGCUGUCGCUAUCGGUAAUAAUCAAGCGCCACACAAAUUUACACUACAAUCUUUUUAACUCGAGAAAUAGAAAGCUACUCAGUUUACAUACAUUGCCUGCAGGUUAAACAAGCAGCGCAGUUUUGAAUAGCCGCGCGCGCUAAGAAAACGUAGAAAUGAGACGGAAAAUGCAGUAUUUGUUGUUGUUGCUCGCGUUGUUAUGCACAUUAAAUGUAGCAGCUGCAGCUGUGGGUGGUGCUGGUCUUGAAGUUGAUGAAAACCAUACAAAAGCCGUGAAUUGGUCAGUGCAAUUUGAAUAUGAACAGUUAAAUAUGACAAUGAAACAAAUGCAGAAAGUUUCAUUCGUUAUCACGGUCGUUGAAACACCAACAAGCUUGGAAAAUAAUGCUCAAUUUCACGUGAUGAAUGAUAACGUUGAUGUCGCCCAUAUCGAUCAGAUGGAGAUGAGCUUGACGAGCAGGUUGGAUGGCGUAAUGAAAAUGAGAGGUACUUUUAAUGUGGAAGCAAAACUUUUGGGUUAUACACAUAUUUAUUUGGAGUUGCGACGUGUUGGCUUUGAAACGGUGCAGUCGCAGGCGACUAUGAAAGUUAUUGUGACCAGAACUAUGACUCUGGCCGAUAUCGCAUUCAAUAUUGCUGUUGCCUGCUUUGUCAUUAUUAUUUAUGUCAAUUUCGGCGCUGUGCUGGAUUUGGAGGAUCUAAAGCGUAUUGCUUUGCGGCCAGUUGGACCAGCUAUUGGGCUAUUUUGUCAGUUUGUAAUAAUGCCCGUGUUGAGUUUUCUAAUUGGUUAUCUGCUUUUUCACGAUAUGAUUGAACUGCGUUUGGGUUUAUUCUUUUUGGGCGUAUCACCAGCCGGCGGUUCAUCAAAUAUAUUCGCUGUGCUACUUAAUGGUAAUCUCAACUUGUCGAUUACAAUGACAGCGAUUAGUAAUUUAGCGGCAUUUGGUAUGAUGCCAUUGUGGAUCUUCACUUUGGGCGCUUUGAUAUUUCGUGAUGGCAAUUUUGCUAUACCAUACAGAUCGAUUGCAUCAGUCUCAUGUACAUUGUGUGUGCCGAUUGCCAUAGGUGUUAUGCUACAGCGGUAUGCACCGGAUGUGACAGGGAAAAUGUUAAAAUUGCUGAAGCCGAUCUCACUGCUGCUCAUAUUGACAAUUACCAUUUUUGGUUGCGUUCUCAAUUCUUAUAUGCUGAAAUUGUUCACACCGAAGAUACUCAUCGGCAGCUGCAUACUGCCGUGGCUGGGCUAUGUUAUCGGUUGGCUUAUAGCAACCAUUUUGCGGCAGCCACCAAAAGAUGCCAUCACUAUUGCCAUUGAGACGGGCAUACAGAAUAUUGGCAUUGCGAUUUUUAUGUUGAAUUUCACAUUACCACAACCACAGGCCGACAUGACGAGUGCAGUGCCAAUGGCUAACUCAAUGGUGACGCCAUUGCCUUUGCUGCUCAUAUAUUUUCUGAAAUUGUGCUUUUGUCGAAAUAGUGAGAAAUCAGCCAAGGAGGAAAUAAAUGAAAUUAAAGAAACUGAGUUGGUUGCAAUGAUGGCAAGUGGCAGAGAAAAGGAAUAUGCAAAGUCUGCGCAAAGAACAAACUUAGUUUAAAAGUUAUAAAUAUUAAAUAAUGGAAUGAAAAUUUAGUUAUUAAGCGGAUUGUUAACUUAGUUUAAGGAUUUUAUGGUUGGCCUAUCAUGAAAUCGAACUUUAAUUUAUAAAGCACAGUUCAUUAAGAUAGAUAAUGUGAAAAAAUAUAUUGAUAGAGGAUAGUAAAAAUUUUAAUAAAUAAAAUAAUAUAAAAUUUACGGAAUGAAUUCGAUAACAAACAAUUUAAAUUGUUCUUGAACAGUGCUGCUUGCAGCUAACCAAACAAGUAUUGAAUUUCUUUUAACUUUUUAUUGCAGUUAAUUUUUUUUUUAUUAUUUCAUGCAAAAAGCUCAAAGAUAAUUUUCAACUGAAUUUCAGAUAAUACUCAAUAACAUAAAUGUGUACACAUAUAUAUAGUAAUAUUUAUUUUGAUAACGAAAACUAA